AUGGCCGCCCACUCGUUUUCGUCCCGCAGCCCCAUGCGAAUUCCAAACAGGACCAUUGAGGACUUUGCUCCUCCGCCCCUGCCUCCUCCCCCGCGCAUCAAUGACCUCGAGGAUGGACACGACGCCGGCUGGCUUCAUGCCAACGGCAUGGGCCGUCCUGAUGUUGCAAAGCUGGCUCCCAUCAACCCGGGCUCCAGUCUGCUCGGCGGACACCACCCGCCUGAGCCGAUCCCACGUCUCGACCGGAUGACCCUGGAUGAAUCCAGUUACCGAACAAAUGAUAGCUUUUCACAUGUCAAAUUGGAGCCUCCGAAGCCCCAGGAAGUCGCCUUUGGAAGUUCUUUGUCUGAGCCAGUCCUGCAGGGCGAACGUGACUUUUCUCGCAAGAGCGUCAUGAGCUCGUCGGAUAAUUACGAUCGGCACUUGCUAUCAAAGAUAGGAAAACCAAAUUCUCCUCCGCGUUCGUCCAACAGUGAUCGUCGAGUGUCAGGUUCAAUAGGUACAUUGCCUCAUCCUGGUACUUUGGCAGGUAGCUACCAGCCAUCUCCUGCAUGUGACUCCUCUUUCAAUUUGGGGCCCUACACCGCUUCGUCGGGAGGCGUCUCGCCGAGAUCGAAGCCCGCAUGGACAGGAUAUCGCAGUCCCAGUGUCGAAAGCAGUGCUCCGUCUACCGGAAUCGACCACGACACUUAUUCAAGUCGUCGACGACCUGGAACAACGACUCCUCAGUCGGAAGAUACGUUCUCCUUCCACAAUCGUUACCAUCGAACCAGCCAAGAACAAAAUGUGUUCCCCGAACCCGAGGGCGAGGAUGACAGCGACCAGUUCCGACAUAUUCUCGAUGAUCGCACACCGAAUGGUCCAGACUCCAUGUCCAGGCACCACGGAAUGAAGCGAAGAGCCUCAUCGCCCCCUCGUGAGCCGGUACCUGAUUCUCGACAGCACACCCUUCACAAGGCCACGAGUAAUGGUGAUCUCGCCCAGCGACGAACGAGCGGGCAUCCCUUUACAAACCAUGCUUCUCCGGGAGCCCGCUAUGUACCCAGCCACGGGUCCAUGUCUUCCCUGUCUUCGGCCAGUUACCGCACUUCCACUUCGUCGUUUGGUUCUUCAGUAGGACUCUCGGUUGGUGGUAGUAGCAUGACGAGUACGUCGUCUUAUGACCGUAUUUCAUCCGGCGGUCUAUCGCCUCAGAGCGAUGGAGAUCACUUCUACGAGAAACAACAGAGUGCUGGCGGUUCUUUGAACAGCAUCCAAGCUCCGAGAGCGCCCUACAACAACAGUGCAGAUUCAAAGCCCAUUCUGUCAAGUCGCAAACUUUCCAUGCAAUCCACCAUGACCAACUCGAAGGGUAUUAAACUUGUAGGACUUUACAUUUGCGACUGUUGCCCGAAAAAGCCAAAGAGAUUUGACACAGAAGCUGAACUCCGGGCGCACGAGUCAGAGAAGCAAUAUUCGUGCCAGUAUUGCAACAAUCGAUUCAAGAACAAGAACGAGGCAGAACGACACCAAAACUCUCUUCAUCUGCGACGCCAUUCAUGGUCAUGCGCGGCACUUUCUGGCUUCCAGGCAGCUUUCCACCACUCGACUACUCCUACAGCCCAGAGUAAUCUAGGCCCCACCCAUGAUACUUGUGGGUAUUGCGGCGAGGAAUUUCCAAACAAUCCUCAGCCCGACUGGGAUUCUCGCUUUGACCAUCUAACCACGGUACAUAAAUUUGGUGAAUGCAACAACGUCAAAAAGUUCUUCCGAGCGGAUCAUUUCCGACAGCACCUCAAACAUAGCCAUGCGGGCACCCCGGGGAAAUGGACCAACAUACUCGAGAACGCUUGUAUGAAGGAGGAGCCCCAAGUAGAAGCGAGACUUGGUAGCAUCAGUGAACAAGGCACACCGAAAAAGUCCGACAUGCAAGACGUCAAUGGAGCAGGCUCCACGACAUUCACAUCAAACACUAUUGACGAAGCAAUGGAUGAAUCUUGA